CUUCUAAUUUCUCCCUCUCCAGCCCCAGAACAAUGUCGAUGAGCCCUAAGCAUACGACUCCUUUUUCUGUUUCCGAUAUCUUGAGUCCCCUUGAGGAGAGCUAUAAGAAAUUAAGUAUGGAGAAUAACAACUUGGGGGCACCUCUCACUUCUUACCGGCAGCCGCAGGUUUCUCAGGCGGCGAUGCAGCAGCACCACAUGGGCCAUAAUGGGACUGUGUCUGCGGCUUACCACAUGACUGCGGCAGGUGUCUCUCAGCUGUCACACACGGCCAUGGGGGGCUACUGUAACGGCAACCUGGGCAACAUGGGCGACCUGCCGUCUUACCAGGACGGCAUGAGGGGCAGCGCCACGGCCACCGGCUGGUACGGAGCCAACCCAGACCCGCGCUUCUCCACCAUCUCUCGCUUCAUGGGCUCGUCGUCGGGCAUGAACAUGGGCAGUAUGGGCAGCCUCAGCUCCCUGGCAGAUGUGGGUAAAGGCAUGGGCUCUCUGUCCAGUACCCCGCGGAGAAAGAGGCGCGUGCUGUUCUCCCAGGCGCAGGUCUACGAGCUGGAGCGACGCUUUAAGCAGCAGAAAUACCUGUCGGCCCCGGAGAGAGAACACCUGGCAAGUAUGAUCCACCUCACCCCGACCCAGGUGAAAAUCUGGUUUCAGAACCACCGGUAUAAGAUGAAGAGGCAGGCCAAAGACAAGGUGUCCCAGCAGCAGAUGCAGCAGGACAGCGGCUCCUGCCAGCAGCAGCAGCAGCAGUCCCCGCGGAGGGUGGCCGUGCCGGUGCUGGUGAAGGACGGGAAGCCGUGCCAAGGCACCGGCCACACACCCACAUCCUCCGCGCAGACGCACCAUCAGCAAGGGGGCAAUGUCAUGAUCAUGUCCAACAACACGUCCGGCCUCGGGCAGCAUCAGAGUCAGCAGGUGGGAAGCACAGGUCACUCUCCAGAUUUGGCGCCGCACUCCUCCAGUCCGCCGUCACUGCAGGGCCAAGUGGCCGGCCUCUCCCACCUCAACUCCCCCGGCUCAGAGUACGGCUCGGCCCUGCAGUGUUCAGCCCUGUUAUACGGCAGGACAUGGUGA